AUGAAUAAUUAUUAUCAGCCCGCACCCGCGACUGCACCUAUCGCCGUGGCAACUAAUAUCAUCGCCACUAAUAAUUAUCUUAAUUCACCACUUACCGUAACCACUCCUUCACCACUCUCUACUUCACCAAUAACCAAUAAUAACACCACAACACCCAUAUCUGUCACCACCAAUACCAUUACAACUAAUGAACCAGAAGUCAAUUUUACAUCAACUGUUAUGAAUAAUUUUCAAACUAGUAAUAAUGUUCAGAAUGCCAAUAUGACAACUGAAGUAUAUCAAAACGGAAAUGAACAGAAUGAACCGGGGAACAAUCUGGAGCCACUCGAAGAGGAAGGAGGCAAUGAAGAUAGUAGUAGCGAAGCUAAUGACGUUAAUGACGAAGGUGCCGAAGCUAAACCUCCAUAUACCUAUACAUCAUUAAUAGGGCAAGCUGUAUUGGCGGCUCCUAAUAAAAAACGUCCACUAAAUGAAAUUUAUAAGGACGACGGAGUUAAAGGAAAAGGAGCCUUUUGGACUAUUCCCGACGAAUAUGAAAUGUGCUUUAUCAAUGGUUUCUUCGGAGUUAAUUUGACUCAUCAAACCGAAGGGACCGAAGGAACGGUCACAAUCCCUCAAUCGGCCGUUCCAGAACAGAUCCCUCCUCCAGAAUCAUCCGCAAACCUGCCUCAUUCCUCACGGUUAUCCAUAUCAUCUGUAAACCCGCCACAUUCCUCACGACUGUCCAUGUCAUCCACAAACUUGCCUCAUACUUCACGGCUGUCCAUAUCAUCCGCAAACUUACCUCAUACUUCACGGUUAUCCAUAUCAUCCACAAACCUACCUCAUUCUUUACAACUGUCCAUAUCUUCUAUAUCAUCAUCACGUCCAUCACCGCGUUCACCACCAUCAACGCGUCCAUCAUCAGCACCGCGUCAAAGUCGUCCAACUACAACUCCCCGACUUCAUAGAACAAUUAGUGGGAGAAUUACCAGAUCUGCGCCUCGCCAAUCAAAAAUAACAUAUAAUUCAAUAAUGAAGUACAUGCAAGAAAAUGGGUACCUUGAUUCUAAAGAUGCUUCGGAGGAAGAAAAAAGUAGUACCUUAUCAGUACCGUUCAACUAUGUAAAUAUGGCCGAGGUAGAAAAUGAACAAAGUGAAAUAAGUGAGGAAAUGACUGAAGAAACCAUAAUAGAGGAAGAUAUUAUAGGCAGUGGAUUUACAACGGAAGAAGAAACCGAUACAGAAAUGACGAGCCUACCAACCAUCACUUGGGAAUUAGGUGUUACGGAAUACUGUGGUGAUACGGGACUUGAAUAUAACCAAAGAACAUAUUUUACCUCUCAACUAAACGUUCCAGAAAUAUGUGAUUACCCGAAUUUCGUUUACACUGGUUGUAUGGAUCCCGAAAAGUUAAUACAAGUCGACCCAGAUACCCGCAACCUUUGUUAUACUGAUCAAGCACAUACUAGUGGAAUAUGGUCAGCUCGUUGGUCUCCAACGGGUAAUGUUAUAGCAACUGGUUCUUUGGACAGAAAUAUAAAAGUUUGGGAUCCUGAAACUGGAGAUUAUUAUAGAACUCUAAGUGGACAUAAUUUGGCAAUUUUGUCAAUGGAUAUUGAGAAUACUGGGCAAGUUCUUGUAUCGUUAUCUUUAGAUAAUACAAUCAAGAAAUGGGAUGUUAAUAAUGGGAUUUUGAUUGAGUCAAUACCUGUCAAACCUGGCGAUGCUUGGAGUGUUCAUUUCUCACCAGAUGGACAACAUUUUGCUGUCAGUACUCAUCAAGGAAUGAUUAAAAUUUAUGAUACUGGUCUUUAUGAAUCUACUACAGCUGAAAAAGCCACUUACACAUCUGAAGGAAAAUUUGGAUUGUGUGUUAGAUUUAGUCCUGAUGGUAAAUACUUGGCUCUCGGUACUGAAAAUGGUCGAAUUUAUUUGUUUGAUGUGGAAACUACAAGAAAUAUUCAUAAAUAUACGGGACACACAGGCUGUCCUAUAAGGACACUUGAUUUUACUCCAAAUUCAUCUUUAUUGAUAUCUGGAUCCGAUGAUGAAACGAUAAAUAUUUACGAUGUACGUCAUUCUAAUAAUAUUGCAAAAUUUACGGGACACGAUGGAUACGUUUUAAACGUCACAUCUUCAGCUAAUAAUGUUCAUUUUGUUAGUGGGUCUACAGAUGGUAAAAUAAAACUCUGGGACAUAACUGCAAGGCAAUGUGUGGAUACAGUUGGUGAACACAAAGAUCAAUCUAGCGAACCUAAAUUUACUACUUAUAAUAAUGAACUUAAAUAUAAUAUUUAUCAUAAACUUUCUAAUCAACCUAAAUAUUCGAAACGUGGAGAAUUGAUGGUAUUUCCAUAUGUAGAAUACCAGAGUUCUGAUAUAUCGGAUUUUAUUCAAGCCUUUGAUGUUAUUAAUAAAAUUCAACCUGAUUCUCUUUACCUGAUAAAAAUAAUUGAUGAUAAAAAUCCUCAAAAAGUCAUGAAAUCUUUUACAAAGAUGGUCAGUAGAUUUUAA